CGGCACACGCUCAGUCACAUGCAAUCACUUAGUGUCCAGGGAGCUUCCUGUUCACGGGCAGCAUGGAGGAACCUGUCGAGGAGUACACGUCUCCGUUCAACUUUGAGCAGGGAUUGAACACUAGCUACCUCUACCUGUCACCCAAAGAGAGUUUCACUCCCCCUGGCUCACCCGUACCAUCGCUCAGAGGGACCCAGAGGCCCGACUUCAGCCCAGAAGUAGGCGAAGAUGCAGUGGAUGCGGAACCCUGUUCACCCUGCACAUCCCUAACUGAGAAAGAGCAAGCAGAUCUCUGCAGUGAACUAGCUAAGGUAGAAGAUGAGAUCCAGACUCUUUCUCAGGUGCUGGCAGCCAAGGAGAAGCAGGUGGCGGAGAUCAAGCGGAAGCUAGGCAUCACUCCCCUCAACGAGUUUAAACAGAACCUGAGCAAAGGCUGGCAGGAAGUCACCACCUCCACUGCGUAUAAGAAGACCUCAGAGACCCUGUCCCAAGUGGGUCAGAAGGCAACAACUGCGUUCUCCAGCGUGGGCUCAGCCAUUACCAGAAAGCUGGAGGACGUAAGAUUACAGUCAUUUUCCAAUUCUUUUGGUAUACGCUCCAUACAGCACUCGGCUAGCAUGCCAGUGAUGAGGAACACACCCACCUUCAAGUCAUUUGAGGAGAAAGUGGAAACCUUAAAGACUAAGAUGAGCCCGACACCAUCGACAGGCGAUAUCGAAGAGGUUUCAGACUCCACACCUGACGGAGAGCCCGUGGUUGAACAGCCAGAGGGAACGCUUCUACCAGAUCAACAAGCGCACUGAGGAUCCAGCCUCAAACGCUCCUCUCUGUUUACCUCCUGUUCUCCUCCUUCUACUUCACAGCAUAGUUAGUGAGCUUUGCUUUGUGGCCAUUUUUUUGUCUACUGGAGUCUGGUUCAUCUCCAGACGGGACGUGGUAGUCCUACACUGGAGCAGAUGUGUCGGGACUGUGAGAUGUAUGUUCAGGCUGUCCUUCAAAGGUCCCUUUUGAAGAUAAGCUCCUGAAGUCAUUAUAAAAAAUUGAAAUAUAUAAUUGAAUUUGAUUUUCCUUAUUCGUGUACAUUUUCUGUAACACAUCCAACUACUUAAAAUCACCAACCAAAUUGACCAAAUUUCGUUGUCUGUGUGUAUAGUUAUUUUUCCAUUUUAAAACAAAUGCCAAAAAUGCAGAACAUGAGUUAUGUCUCUAAGUGUGUACUUUAAACUAAAAGAUUUUGCAUAGUAAGUAUGUGUAUUACUUUAAUACAAAAUAUGAUCAAAUGGUAGUGACGUUACAAUAUUUCAUGAAUCUUUUUCUUUACUUUGGAUUCUAGUUUUAGAGAGUUUGUGUCAUAAAAUGAGCAUACUUGUGUGCUUUUUUACUUUAUUUUCGUAGCGUUAGGAUAGUCGCACCACUGAGACCCCAGUGCCUUUUGUUGCUAAAGAUGAGGUGAUUUAAAGGGAUAGUUCGCCCAGAAAUAAAUCAUUUACUCCCCCUUUAAGUUGUUCCAUACCUUUCUGCUGAACACAAAAGAUAUUUUAAUAGAACAUGAGUAACCAAACACUGAUUCUAUAGUAUGG